AUGAGUAACCAUGACAUCAAUUUGAAAAUAGGAGGAAAUUUUCUUACAACAAAAUUUUUCCAUACAAUGGUUGUGACUCGUUCUGGUGCCCGUGUAGAAAGAGAUCCACGUGCGGAAAGAGAUCGAACACGUGAAAGGUACACCUACGCUCCGAGAAGCCACCCUUUACUUACCGAAGCUCUUGGAAAUAAGUACGUUGACUCAUACCUCGAAUAUGAUUGUCUAAUGACACCAGAAGAGCUAUCUCGUCUCAACGAGCACCGAUACUCAGCUUUGGAUACUAGUUAUCUUAGCGAUUUUUGCAUGAAAUAUUUUUGGGAGUGGAUUGUGGAAUUCUAUCCGUUAUGGCUGGCACCCAAUCUUAUCACUUUAAUCGGUCUUCUGGUGAAUCUCAUCACAGUGUUGAUUCUUUCAUAUUAUUGCCCUACAGCGAAAGAAACUGCCCCUUCUUGGGCUUAUGCUUUAGCUGGUCUUGGAUUAUUUGUUUACCAGACACUAGACGCUACAGAUGGUAAACAAGCCAGGCGGACAGGUGCUGCAUCACCACUCGGCGAACUUUUUGAUCAUGGUUGUGAUUCGAUAUCACAGGUAUUUGUCGCCCUUAAUGUUGCGUAUGCAUUGCGGCUUGGCGAUGUGCGAUGCGGUGUAUUUUUUGCCGUCAUUGUGACGGUUUCACUGUUUUAUUGUGCUCACUGGAGCACCUACUGCACUGGUCAACUCAGGUUUUCGGAGUUCGAUGUGACAGAAGCACAAAUGUCGUUGAUUCUUUUGCUAUUAAUCACGGCUCUUUUUGGCCCUAACUUUUGGACUAUCGGUGUGUUUGGCUAUCAGUUGCGUCAUCUAAUACUUUUAUUUACAUUAUUUAUGGCAAUUUAUCAGUUGUCAUCAUACCUUGAUGUGAUAUUCACUGGCGGUGUUGGAAGAAAUGGGUCCACAGUUGCUGGCACUUCGGUUUUGUUCCCUGUGUGUCCAUUACUAGCUAGUAUAGUUCCGUUUGCAAUGAUAUAUAGCAAGUCACAUACUGGCGUAUUUGACGAAAAUAUCACAAUGUUUGUUCUAUGCUUUGGAGCUGUUGUAGCGAAGGCCACGAACCGCUUGAUUGUUGGCCAUAUGAGCCGGAGCGAGCUUGUCCUCUGGGACUGGAUAUACUUGGGUCCCAUAGCUCUCAUGCUCAACCAGUAUUACGAUUUCAAAGUUUGUGAAAAGAAAUUGCUGCUCUGGGCUACGAUAUAUGCAUAUACCUCGCUACUUAUAUAUUACAUUACUCAAUCGAAACAAGGUCUUCACUUCGCAGAGGUGUGCACAUCAUACAAGAUGACAGGGCCAGCUCGAUGUUCUUAUCUCAUUCCCAAAAAAGGUAGGAAUUGCCGCAUGCUUGUCAAACCCGGCCACAAGUACUGUGGAGAGCACGCCAAUCAAGAUGUGGAAAAUGAGGAGCGCAUACCUUGCCCAAAUGACCCUAAGCACACUGUUGAUCGCAAAUUGCUCGAACAACAUCUGCUGAGGUGCAACUCUCGUGUGGCUGAAGAAGAAUGGUUAAUCAAAGACAUGAAUGCAGUGGAAGGAGAAACGAAAUUCACAGAUAAAAUCGAUAGGAGAGCUUCAGAGGAGGAUGUAUGCCGUGUUGUUGAGAAAAUAGAAAAAUAUUACGAAUCCGUUUGCGCUGAAGUUUCUACUGUACAACUCCAUACUGAUGAGAUUGAAGAGCAUCUCAAACAAAGCCCAGAACUGUCUGAUAGCAAGCGUAAACAUCUCAUCCAACAGAGUUCCAUUAUAGGUCAUAUGACUUCUGUUGAUCUUUUAUGCAAUGAUCCUUCCAACUGCGUUUUUGAGCUGGGUGCGGGAAAGGCUCAACUUGCGUACUGGAUGACAAAACGAGCACCUAACGCCAAAUUCUUAUUGAUAGAUCGUAGUGGUUCGAGGAACAAAUACGAUAACAAGGCUCUUCAAGAAAAUCCAUCAUUGGACAUAAAGCGACUGCGCUGUUCCAUAGAACAUCUUGAUCUGUCCAAAGUGGAUGCGCUGAAGGAAGUAUCGAGUCUUUGUGCUGUUUGCAAGCACUUCUGUGGAAGUGCAACAGAUGCAGGAGUUCGAUGUUUGUCAAAUGGAGUGUCCAGAGGUCUUUCAUUGAGCGGAUUUGUUCUUGUACCUUGUUGCCACCACAAGUCUCGUUAUAGCGAGUAUUGCGGGCGUGACUUUCUUGCUGAGUGGAAUAUGGACAGCGAAGGUGACUUUGCUGCUUUGCGACUUAUCGCUGCAUGGGCUGUAAGUGGGAUCACGUUGAAGAGAACAGAUGGCUCACCCGAUAUAGACCCGGAAGGAGAUGCCGCCAAGAGUGCUGGUGAUGGAUCCGCUUCAAACGGACAAAUCAACAUAGCUUCUUGGUCUCCACAUUACAAAGAGGAGCUUGGCCGCCGAGCCAAAAUCAUUCUUGAAACGGGUCGAGCACGAUACUUGAGUAGCCUUGGUUUCAAUACCCGUGUUAUCAAAUACGUACCAGAGAGCAUCUCUCCGGAAAAUCUUUUGAUUCUGGGAACUUCGGAGACUACAUAAUCAUUUUUGUUCUGUUAAACUUGUUAUGGUACAUGAUGUCUGUGAUUUUUUGAUUCGAAAUUCUAUGUUAUGAUGAGCGGUGCAUUUGAUUCUCG